AUGGCCGCGCCCGCGACGCCACAGGCGCAAACACAGCCGGCGCCGCAGCUGCACACGCCCGGCGGCACCUGGAAGCACCCCAAGUUUGACGACAUCACGCGCCGCCAGCACGCAACCACCUUUGACGAGACCAAUGUGCGCAUCGUCGUCGCCAACGGCGCGCUCCUGGCGGCCUCGUUCUGCGCCGACGCCGUCGCCGCGAGGGUCAAGCUGCUGGAAUACGCUGCCGCCCCCGUCAGCGCGCUCAUCCGCCACACGCCCUACAGCGCCUGGGGCAUCCUCGCCGUGCGCCUCUUCUUCGUCGCCAGCAUGCUCAACGCCCUGCUGCCCCUCGCGCGCCGCUACUACCCCGACGACAUGGCCGACAUUGCCCUCACGCCCUCGCAGCGCACCUCGAUGGGCCUGAAGCCCAGCGCCGCGGCGUCGACCUACGCCUCGCCCGCGUCGGCCUGCGUCACGCCCCCGCGCUACACGCGCUCGACCCCGCGCACCAGCGCCAGCCACCAGGGCGACCGCCCGCUGCAGCGGUCGGGGAGUCCCGCCGCGAGUUUGAACCGGAGUGCGAGCGGCACGGGCUACUCGCCUGGCCUGAGCAGCAGCGCGGACCGGCGCUCGAGCUACGGCGGCGGCAGCCCUUUUGAGAGCAGCCUGUUCAGGGAGAGCGGGAGCAGCACGGGCCCGGGGACGCCGACGCCGGCGACGGGCAGGGCGAGCGUGGGGCUGAAUAACAAGUGGCUGUACGAGAAGCGGAGGGACAGCCCGCGGAGCGGCAUGUUUGCCUGA